AGUUGUGUAUACUGUGAUACUACCCGACAGAGACGAAACGCACCAUGAAAGAGAGAUAGGGUGUGUUUUGUUGUGAUAAAAACCAAAGCGAUCGCUUCUGCGCAAAACAAAACGUAGUAAACAUAAUUUCUUCGUCUGAUGCUGCUUUGAGAAUCCAGUUCAUCAUGAACGAGAGUUUCGACCGAGCUCCCGGAGCGGGGAGAAGCCGAAAUCUCCCCACAGAGCCCGGGCUAGCGGAUAGCGGGGACGGUGACACCAAAAGCUCGCUUUUCAACCAAAGGGAGCCGUUGAGACAGCCGCGAACAUCCCCGCCUUUUGGCGAGAACAACAUCAGCACGGCCAACAACAUGGCUGGUGGAGACUUUAAAAGACAGAGCAAACCCCAACAAAGUGCAAAUGCCAACAGUACGUCUGCCUCCGUAGGUCUUCAUGAAGUGGAUUCCUUGGUCAAGUCAUCAAAGCUUUCAGCCAGUGCCCCUGAGUUUAUCCCCUCUGGAUUUAACUCGUAUGAAGAUCCCUCUUUUUAUGAUGACAACGAAAGCUAUUACAGUGAACCAACCUUGGCUGAGACAGUCACAGACUUCCUCGGACACCUGAGCUCCUCACCAGGGUCCUUCGAGUCCGACGUCGAACACAUAACUGGCAUGCUCAAUUCCUGGGUUACUACUGAGGAGCUGUUGAACGAGCUGGUGGAACUGAUCUACACGCAGUCUACUGCCAUUCCAAACUUCUCUUACACGGGUGCACGGCUCUGUAACUACCUGUCCCAUCACCUCACUGUCAGCCCACCAAGUGGCAACUUUCGUCAGCUGCUCCUGCAAAGAUGUCGGAUAGAGUUUGAGCAGAGGGAUGCGGCUGUUAAAGGAGACCCUGAGACUCAGAAGAAAUUCCACUCCUUUGUGCUCUUUCUGGGAGAGCUCUAUCUGAACCUGGAGAUAAAGAGAGGGAAAGGACCUCCAAGUCGAGCUGAUAUCCUCCUAAAUGCUCUGAAGGACCUGAUGAACAGCCUGUUUUCUAAUCCUGUGGAUGCAAAUCUCAUCUGUGCUGUCAAACUGCUUAAGUUAACAGGCUCUGUCCUGGAUGACGCCUGGAAGGAGAGUGGAAAACCACACAUGGAAGAACUGAUCCAAAGAAUAGAAACUAUUCUACUGGAUGCCACCUGCAGCAGGGAUGUCAGACAGAUGCUUCUGAAACUAGUAGAGUUGAGAUCUAGCGACUGGGGUAGAGUCCGUGCUGCCGCGGCAGCCAGCAACGCCACACCAGACAACGACCCUAACUACUUCAUGAAUGAACCUACAUUCUAUACAGAAGACGGUACUCCUUUCACAGCAGCAGACCCAGAAUAUGCUGAAAAAUACCAAGAGAUCCUGGACAGGCAGGACUAUUUCCACGAUAUUGAUGGAGAAAAUGGAAAUGACAUAUACGACUCUGAAGAUGAGAUGGAGCCAGAAAUAGAAGAAGCUUUUGAGAAUUUUUGUUUAGAAUCAGAGAGGAAACGACAACAAUGACGUGACAAUGAGAAUCUGUGAAACACAACAGGCACAUACUGUACUUUUCGAGUUGCUGAAAUGUUGAAAGGAGAGGGAAGCUAGCAUCAGAGAGGGUCAAACUUUUAUUUUACUGCAAACAAGCAAAAUAACAAAAAGAGCUGUUCAUAGUUGCACUCCAGACACUUUUUUCCAAUCAGUGUUGAUUAGUUAAUGGGGACAAUCAACAGGGUUUGUUGUUCAAAAUAUUUAGUUAUUACAUUUUUUUUUUGACAUGACAGUUCUCUCUUUGUUGUUUUAAAUUCUUUCAGAACUUAUUUCCUUUACGCCUAAACUAAAUGCCAAGAGGGAAAUAGUGUGCUGUGGAUUUUUUUUAGCUCUUUUCUGAAAGACAGAUUUUAUCAGACGUGUGCAUAAUUUGUGAAAUACUAAUUAAUGCCCCAUUCAUAAAGUGCAGGCCAAAAAACUCAGAUCAUUAUCAGAGAUGUCAUCUUUAUGUAAAAUGCACUGUAGGAGGGUACGGUGGUGGCUUUACUAAAUAUACAUUUCAUAUACAGCCUUCAUCUUGACUUUGGGGAAAUAGUCUCUUGUCAGGUUGCCAAUAUCAAACACUGUAGUCGAGGCUUUUCAUGUGUUAAUCUGGCUGCAGGGAAUUUAAAUGGUCGGGAACUCCGUGAAAGGCUGUGCAGUUUGAAAAAUGUGAAUAAGUGAAUAUAGACCAAACUAAAGUACAAUAGUCAUAUUUUGAAAAUGCAGUGCAUCUAAAUUCAGUUUGUUUCCUGAAUGUAGCUUUAAAUAUCUACACAUCUCGCAGUUUGCAGCAGUCAGGGCGACGUAAUGCAACUGCAGCAAAGGAUUCAUAGUUACCCCAAGACUGAGAGACUGUUUACCAGCAAUCCAUGGAGCCCACGAAAAGGAAUGUUGUUUUAUAGUUUGUAAAUAUUAUUUAUGGUAUUGUUUGCCUGCAAUAAAUUCUUUAUAAUGUGAAA